CCAACAUCCUGGGUUGUCCAUACUAAGUUUACCAGGAUCUGUGACUAUAUUCACCGGCCCCAAUGAUGCCAUUGGUUUACCCGAAAUAUUCUCUAUGGCUUAUACUUACAUUGCUUAUCCUCUUACCGGGGACGCAAGCAGAUGAUGAUUGGGAUGACUUUACAAAUGAUCUCGCAACAGACCUGGCACCUCUUCUCGCCCUGUUCGGAGAGCGACUCACCAAACAGUACCUCUCGGAAUCUAUCAGCGUAUUGGAUAAUUUCACCUUCGCGUUGGCCCCCCUGGGAAUCCUAACCGCUGUGGUCUCUGUCAUUCGAGUCUGCGGCAAUUCAUCCCUCCGAGCGUUUGUUGGUCGAGCUCAGGAAGGUCCUGGAGAGGCGGAGCGUGAGCUCCUAUCUUGCGUGUCCGAAACAACCGCCGAGGUAUUCAAUAAUGGCGGCAUUUCGCGAGUCUUUGGAAAACCCCAGAUGUUGGAAAUCGUUAUGUGGGAGGAUAAAAAUGUGAAGGAGGGAGAGCACCCGCUCCAGAUUGGAACACUACGCGACGCACUGAGGGAGGGCGCUUGGUAUCGGGAAGGGUACAAAGGGGAGCACCUUGACGAGCAAGAUUAUCCGCCAGCACUUGACGUUCCAAACCUCUCGCUCAAUACGGGAAUUAAGAGGAGAAGCCAGGGCUGGUUCUACUUCGCCUCUGUCCUGGGUUGCGUGUUGCAAGUCGGAGUACUGUUAUUCUCUGCACUCACGGUAUUCCUGUAUCCGGCCAACUUCGAAAAAGAUGGAGAACCGGUCGCAGCAUACGCUUUCCCACUCUUCUUACUCGGAUCUAUACUACUCUGCACGGGAAUGUUCCUUUGCGCCUUCAUUAUCGAACGGUCCACGAAGGAGUUUUACCUGCGCCCCAAUAAGCCCAGUAAAAUCUAUUGGCUACAACCGGGAGGGCAGCAUAUCGGAGACCAAGUCUUUGGUGCAUUUUUGGAUGUCAAUGAAGGCCCCCGUUCCCAAGCGAGCACUGACAUUCGAUAUGUCAAAUCAACAAGGCUCGAAGGGUAUAGAGUCAACCAUGCCUGGUUAAUAUUAACGGUACUACUCACUAUCUCGGGAUGGGCCCUUCAGUUCGUUGGUCAAAGGGGGCUUAAUGCUUCGGUUGCCCUGGCGCAAAUGGGAUCUACCAUUUUAAUGGCAUUUGUGCGGACCUGGCUUCGAACAAAGAGAAUUGGUUCAGAUGAAAGUCGGCUUUCUCAAGAGGAAUGCCGACUUAGUUCGCAUAAGAAACAAGAACUGGAUUGUUUCGCGUUCCACUUGGAAGGAGUUGAAUCAUUCAACUUACGCACAAACUUUGCGGACGAUGCCUCUCGCGUCCCGUCCAGUCUUUCUGCGACAACGACGGCGGCAGAACCGGAUGCGUCAGUUGGGCUGGGGAUCAGGCUGAUUCAGACGAGAGUUCGCCUAGCAGAGCUCACAUCCAAUGCAGAGCAAUGUGGAAAUAAAGUGUGGCACGACCUCCCCAUUCGGAAUACUGCCUAUAAAUUGACCAAUACGAUCGAGAAAACGAUGGACCUGCUGUCCAAAUUGACAACAAUGACCAAUGGUGUUUGUUACUUUACGCUCCCGUUUGAGUGCCUAUCUCGCAGUGAGGGGGUUACUAUGACUUCACUAGAGCAGAUUACACUAAAGAUCGAACGAUCCGAGAAUAAUUUACAAUGGACAGUCGACGUCGGCGAACUUGAAGCGAUACUAGGGUUAUGGACAUGGUCACUGUUGAAAUCCAAUGAAGGCUGGCUUCAGCCAGAGCUUGGACGACUGGUUGGGCUUCAUGAGACGGAGGCCAAAGCUGAAGAGACCGACUUCUACUUCCACAAAUGGAUGUUUUGCGAAACAGAGGCGGAAAUGGUUUCGUCUAGCAUGAUAUCCUCUUCCCGACAACUAUUUGGCUUUUAUUCGGACUCUUAUCCUGAAGAUAUGGAUGUUCUUGUCGUCAAGACCAAGAACGAAUUAGACAUGAUGGCGGCCCAAGAUAUUUAUAUUCAUUUUCUCGACAAUAUUCUCGAAAAUUUCCAGCUUUCAGACAAGGUACAGAUACUUUCCGGGUCUCAAAAUGGCUACAUUGCCUCUAGCGAUCGUCUUGACGGACUGGUGCAAUGCUUUCGAUCUGGAAAUCUAGGAUCAAGAGAAGACGCCCUUUUGUGCAUUGUCCCUGUCUUGAAACGACGUAAUCUUUUGCCGGAUUUGGCAGCAGACACUCCUACCGUGUCUCAGCAGAUUGACGAAUUGGCUACAGAAGGGCAAUGGGCAGAUGCAUUCUCGAUUAUCCGUUGGCUCUGUAAGCGAUGCGAAGGACCAGAGUUCGAACGUUCAGCUUUCGAACUAGGCCGGCUCUGCCGCCGGGCACUGAUGGUUCGCGGGCAUCCCGUCAUCCAGCAGCACGGAUACUAUGAAACCUUCUGGAUUUUGCAAGCUGAAAGUCGAGCCGAUUACUUCAGAAGGUUCAAUCAACCUUUGGACAAGCUUCGCAAGCCGGGGUGGAUAGAUUCUCGGAAAGAGCGUGAAUGGUGGAAACUGUUUUCUAUGCAGAUGGGAUGGAUCGCAUGGCGUAUUGCCGAUUCGUCCAUAGUAACAGCCCUGGAGUCUCAUCUAGGAGCUAAUGGCUGCUUGACUCUCACUAAUAACGCAGGGAUAUCCGAAACAGAUUUGGAUCAAGCCAAGUCUGGAUUAUCUUCAUGGUUAACCCUUGAUAUGGAGAAAUUGAAGCAGGUGACGAUAUCGUCGAGCUCCACCGUCACUAGCCCGCCCAUCUUCAAUGAAUAUAAUUUCUCCAGAAGACAAGACUUUUUGUGUUUGAGAUUGGUUACACUGAAUGGGUUAACCUCCCUUAAUCAUUGCCUUAUGGUGCAAUGGGCCGAGGUCUGCAAGCUAAAGAUCGGAGAUGCCGCAACUGCAUUUGAGUAUGCGGCCCGGAGCGGGUCCGAUUCAGCAAUUGAAACAUUAUGCCGCCAGGGUCUGGAUAUCAACCAUGGUGCAAGGUCAGGUGCCAUGACGGCACUCAUGUUUGUUGUCUCCAUGGAUGACGAAGAAGCGACAGCAAGGGUUCUUGCGCAUGGUGGCAUGGUUAACAUCUGUCACAGACAUGUCCCAGUUUUACUGAUGGCUCGGAGUGCUGGAGUCAUAGCACUGCUCUUGGAAUACGGGGCCGUUAUCGAGAGUACGGAUAAUCAUGGUAACACAGCCUUCCACCUGGCAUGCGAGCGAGAUGAUCUCCAAACCGCUUCAUUACUUUUGAAAAAAGGCGCCAGGAUGGACAUAGUUGGAUCAGGCAUGUCGAUCACGGAGCGAAUAUCGAUGUGCAGAGUCGCAAUGGAAGAACAGCCUUAAUGACGGCAGCAUGCGAAUCGUCAACGAACUCGCUACGUCUUUUACUUGAAAAAGAAGCCGACAUUCAUAAGCGGGAUAAUCAAGGCAGGACAGUCUUCGAGCUACUCAAAGAGUGCGACGAAUCUGAGGCCAAAGAGACGAAGGUUCUCUUGGAAGAGC